AUGUUUUGGCUUUCUUCCCAAUUCAAACCUUUGUCAAAAGAAAGUGACAAAAAAAAGAAUCAACCGUUAAUAUCACCGUCGGUAACCGCCGACUUCCACCGCGAAGUCGACCCACGGAUCUGGCGCGCUUGCGCAGGCGCCUCCGUCCAGAUCUCUACUCUCUACUCUAGGGUUUACUACUUCCCUCAAGGCCAUAUCGAGCACUUUUCCUCCCUCAUCUCCUCCUCCUCCUUCUCAACCGCUCUCGUCCCCUGCGUCGUCUCCUCGGUAGAGUUACUCGCCGAUCCGAUCACCGACAAGGUCUUCGCUCACCUCUCGCUACAACCAAUAUCUUCCGAGCACUUCGCUCCCUCCAAUUUCUCGAGAUACAAGAGCGACGAGGAAGAGAAUAAGGUUGUUACGACGUUCGCGAAGAUUUUAACGGCGUCUGAUGCUAAUAACGGAGGAGGAUUAUCCGUCCCGCGUUAUUGCACGGAUUCCGUCUUCCCUCCGUUGGAUUUCCACGCCGAUCCUCCGGUUCAGAAGCUGUUCAUAACCGAUAUCCACGGCGUGGUUUGGGACUUCUGGCAUAUCUACCACGGUACGCCGCGGAGGCACUUGUUGACCACGGGAUGGAGCAAGUUCGUUAACGGGAAGAAGCUUAUCGCUGGAGAUUCGGUUGUGUUCAUGAGGAAGUCUGUUGAUGAGAUGUUUAUAGGUGUGAGGCGAGCGCUAGUCUCCGGCGGGGAUGAGUACUAUGGAGGAGGUAAGAAGGGGUUUAGGAGGACUGGGAAAGGGAAGUUGAAUGCGGAAGCUGUCUCUGAGGCGGUUAACAAGGCGGUGCAGGGCUAUCCGUUUGAGGUUGUUUAUUAUCCGACGGCGGGGUGGUCAGACUUUGUGGUGAGGGCUAAGGAUGUUGAGGCUUCCAUGGCUGGAUACUAG